AUGGAAGGGUGGUGGAAGGAGAGAGGGGGACAAGGGGGGGAUCAAGAAGUUGAAGGGGGGAGGGGAGCGAGCCUUGGGGAGUUGGGGGCCGGGGAGGGGAAGGGGGGGGGGGGGGGGGCAGAAGGGGGAGGGGGAGGAGGAGGAGGAGAAAGACUGACUGAAGGUCAGGUGUUCGAGGAGGUGGAGGCUUUGGUCACCUCCGUGCUGGACGGAUACAACGUGUGCAUCUUCGCGUAUGGUCAGACGGGGUCAGGAAAGACUUUUACCAUGGAGGGAUCGAACCAGGAAAAAGGAAUCAACCCAAGAACGCUUGCAAGAUUGUUUGAGAUGAUCGCCAACAAGAGUCAGGACUUCACCUACACCGUCGAGUUCUCCAUCCUCGAGAUCUACAACGAGGAGAUCAAGGAUCUGCUGGAGCCCGGGGGUAACAAGAAGUUGGAAGUCAGACAGGGUCCCGAUGGAAACUACGUACAAGAUCUCUUUCUUGCUAGGGUCUCAUCCUAUGAAGAAGUUAUCAAGUUGUGGAGCAAGGCGAGGGACAACAGGACCACCUUCAACAACAACAUCAACGAACACUCCUCCCGCUCUCACCUUGUACUCUCCGUGUACGCACGAGGAGAAAACCGUUCGACAGGAGUUCAGUCUUACGGCAAACUCCACCUCGUUGACCUCGCUGGUUCAGAGAGGUUAUCUCGUACGAACGCUACCGGCGAUCGCCUGAAGGAAGCACAGAACAUCAACAAGUCUCUCUCUGCCCUCGGCGACGUGAUAGCAGCGGCGGCGGGCAAGCAGGGGCACAUCCCCUACCGCAACUCUAAACUGACUCACGUCCUCCAAGACUCGCUCGGACAAGACUCCAAGACCCUCAUGAUCGUCCAAAGCUCCCCCCUCGUCCGCGACGUCGGCGAGUCCAUCUGCUCUCUCCAGUUCGCCACCCGUGCAAGG